GUUUUAGCUGCCUUUUAAACUGCAGAGCUAGAAUUACAUAGAAUUAUAUGGAGAUCUCAUGGAGUAUUGCAAUAUUAUUAGGUCAGCUGCUCUUCAAUUCCGUAAAUUCGAAGCGCUAUCAUUACGAGAGGGAGUGUCAGUGCACGCCAUCGAAGCUUUGGCUUGACGUAGUGGUUCUGUUUGACAACUCGUUAAGCAUGGAAGAAUAUGAAUUAGGACUGAUGUUAGCCGAAACGAGCACAAUACUUGAUCCAGCAACUAUUUCGCGAGGUGAAGGCCAUCACUGCCGUGUUGGGACAAUUACUUAUGGUGGUGACGCGAAAAUUCGCAUCUGGGAAAUUGGAAUGGCAAAUGACUCGACAAAAAGCCUAACAGCAGGUUUGCUAGCAGCUGACCAGGUUUUUCGAGAAGGACGUGUAAAUGGACUUAGAAAAAACGUGAAAGAAGUCAUCAUUGUCUACGCCACCGAUUUCAAUGGGAGACAUCUCGAAGGUGCUAAAGAGCUAGCACAUCAACUCAAAAAGAGUGGAAAAAACAUUAUUAUUGUGGCCUUUGAACAAGGAGGUUCUGGCGCUUCGGAACUGAUGCAGAUUGCAAGUGAAGGGUUCUAUUUCACAAACAGAAUACCCAACUUAGCCGGUGAAAUUCAACACGCAUUGUGCGACGUUAAUUGCUUCUGCUAUGAAAUAUGGGUACAAUACAAACUCGAUGACAUAAAUUAUGGAUCAUGCCUGAGAAUAGGUGGUUUCAAACUGGACUGGGAGAACGCACACGAUGCUUGCAAACACUUGAGUCGCGGCAGAGGACAUCUGGCCACUGCUUUCGACAUUGGCAAGCACAACUUCACCGCAAUGCUGAUCCGAAACGAUCCAAGAAUAGGGGCACCAUAUAAAUGCCACAUCGGCUCAGAUCCGGAAAAGAUUUGUUUAAAAAACACAGCCCUUCCCCUUAUGUGGAACCAAGGCUUUCCUGAUCUGCGCGGCAACGCAAAAUGUGUUCUUCUCACCGCCCAAACGUCUGCUGAACUUGAGCUUGGUUGGCAGAAUGAGGUCUGUAAUUCAUGGUCGGCACGUCAUCAUUACGUUUGCCAGAUGGACGCGUGUGAUACCGAUAAUUACUGUCUACCCAACUAGCCGUUCAUGUUCCUGUAGACAUCAGAUUCAGUUCUAAAAGUAAAAUUU